GCCCGAUAGUUGCCCCACUUGGUACUUGCUCCUGCUUUCUUUUGCCAUGGUUCUGGGCGACAUCACUAACACGCGGCUUCAGAGGACUCCUGGCAAGCCAAAGCCCGCUCAGGUGUAUGUGUUCCGAGAGGAGGGCGAGAAGGCUGCCUGGGCCAACGCCCUCCAUGAGCAGGAGCAGCGAUUGGAGGCGCUGCGGGAUCAGCUCAAGCCGCUGCGGGCACAAGUCAAGGAGCUGCGCCGGAAGAAGGCGGAGGCGGAGCAGCAGAUGGCCGUGAGGCAGAAGGAGCAGCGCCUCCACACCCAGGACGCGGAGCUCCGGAUCUUCGAGCUCCACGAAGGUGAGGCUGGUCUCUCGGCCCAGCUUCAGCUGCUCUUGGAGGAGCUUCGCCCGGAGGAGCAGAUGCAAGAGCGCCUCAACCAGGGGCUUCAGGCUAAGGAGGCGGCGCUCAUGGAGGAUCGGAACAAGGUGGAAGAGCUGGUGGCCGAGAAGGCCGCCCGGGAGGCGGAGGGCCACGCCAAGAUCCGCCGCGCCUCUGCCUUGGCGGCGGGCGCCCACGCAGAGCGCGGGGCGCAGCGGCGCCGAAGCGAGGUGCUGGCAGACAAUCUGCCACGGGCCAGGGCGCUGCACAAUAGUUACCUCAACCUCAAGGGCAAUAUUCGGGUCUUCUGCCGAUUCCGGCCGCGGCUGCCCAAUGAGGCAGAGGAGGCCAAGGUGGACUUCCAUGGGGAUGAGCAGAGCAUCACCCUGCAAUCUGAGAUGCUGAAGAGCGUCACAGGCUUGUCUGAGCACUGCAACUCCUACGACUUCCACUUCGACCACAUCUUCACCCCCCAAAGUUCGCAGGCCGAGGUCUUCGAGGAGUUGGCCAUGCUGGUGCAGUCCGCCUUAGAUGGUUACCGGGUCGCCAUCUUUGCCUAUGGGCAGACAGGCGGCGGCAAGACCUAUACCAUGGACGGCCCAGCGCCCAUGUCGGAGACCUCCGGCGAGAGCCGGGGCGUGAUCCCACGCACGGUGGACCUAAUCUUUCAAGAGGUCCAGGAGCUGAGCUCCAAAGGCUGGAGCUUCGAGGUGCGAUGUACUCUGCUGGAGGUCUACAACGAGUCGGUGUUCGACAUCCUGGCUUCGCGGCAGAAGUUGGACAUGGGAAAGGAGACCAACCGAGCAGCUGGCACGGAUGGCCGACAGGCCAUCGAGCACUUCACCAGUCGCCCGGUCAGCGAUGCAGCUCAGGUGCACCGGUUGCUGGCGAAGGCCGCCCGGGAGAGGCACGUGUCCAGCACCGCGCUAAACGACCGCUCCAGCCGGUCCCAUAGCGUUUUCCAGUUGUCUCUGGAAGGAUUCAGACAUGGGGGUGAAAGCGUGUCGGGCCUGCUGUCGCUGGUGGACCUCGCCGGCUCGGAGCGCGUGAGCGCGUCGAUGGUGUCCGGGGAUCGGCUCAAGGAGGCCCAGUACAUCAACCGCUCGCUCUCCGCCUUGGGCGAUGUCGUGGAAGCCUUGAAGAGGAAGAAGCCUGGGAGCCAUGUCCCAUACCGGAACUCCCGCCUGACAAUGCUGCUGAAAGACUCCCUUGGCGGCGAUGCUAAGGCGCUGAUGUUCGUGAACGUGUCGCCCUGCCUGAGUCAGCUGCCAGAGACGCUGUCCUCCCUGCGCUUUGCGGCCAAGGUUCACGCGUGCGAGGUGGGCUUGGCAAGGCGCCAUGUGGAGGACGCAAGCAGGGCAAAGGAGAGCAGGUCAUAGCUUCAUGAUCCAGGCUUACCAUGGUCUGGCAAAUUCGGGUUUCACCUUUGCAUCAGCUUCAGCCCCAGGCAAAUCUUGUAAAGCCCAA